GGUCAUGUGGUCGGGCCCCCUUUAGAAGACCCAUCUCGAAUAACGGAUUCGAAGGACGGAUUGAUUGGACGGAGUCCGGUGGUGGAAGCGAAGGUAUGCGGUGUUAAAAUACCCUGUUUGGUGGACACUGGAUCCCAGGUCACCUUGUUUUCUGAAAGCCUGUCACGAGAAGUAUUUGGCCAACGGAGUAUGAAAGGAAGCGACCCCUCAUGGCUGACCUUAAAGGGGGCAAAUGGACUGGACAUCCCGUACAUUGGGUACAUUGUGACUGAUGUAGAGAUUCGUGGAAUCGUUGUACCCCAGAAGGGGAUUGUGGUAGUCCAGGAUCACUGCUUGGGGACUCAUCGAGCCCUGCUGGGGAUGAAUGUGAUCGCCGAGUGCUGGGAAGAAUUGUUUCAGGCAAGGCCUGUGAAGACAAUCCCCCUGGCAGAACAACAAGAAUGGAGGCGAAUUGUUGCUGACUGCCGUCGAAUUCAGACGGCGAGGGUACGGAUGGACCGAGAAGACAUCGGCCGAGUGGCCUGCCGAUAUGCUCUCUCUAUACCUGCGAGGAGUGAGGCCCUCGUAUGGGUGAGGGUCCCCCAGCAAGAUUAUGGGCCUGAAGGCUGGGUGUUAGUCGAGCCCCACCUAGACUGUCAGAAUGUGGAGGUGGCCCGGGGAUUGGCGGUGGUCCGCCGAGGAAGAGUCCCAGUGAAGGUGCGAAAUGAGAGUCCUUACCCAAUCCAGCUGCACCGGCAUCAAAGGUUAGCCAGAGUAACGACGGUCGGCCCCCAUCAAGUGCGGGAAGAAAGGGACGUAAGUUUUCGACAGGUCUGCCCCACCGUGGUCGAGGUUGCCUUGACUCAGUCGGAUGUACCCCCGAAGAAGGCGGGGGAGGAAAUGCCCGGCCAUCUCAGGAACGAGUCCUUAAGAGGGGAGGGGUUACAGGAAGCCCAGACCCGGAAGUUGGAGGAGCUUCUGACCCGAUGGCAGCAUGUGUUUUCAACACAUGACGAGGACUACGGAUGUACAGAUGUAGUGAGGCAUCAGAUCCCCACUGGGGAGGCUGGACCCAGCCGUGAAAGGUACCGCCCUAUUCCACCCACUCUGUAUUCGGAAGUUCGUACCUUGUUACAAGGCAUGCUGGAUCGAGGGAUUGUUCGGGAAAGCAGUAGUCCUUGGGCUGCGCCCAUUGUGCUGGUCCAGAAGAAGAACGGAGCUUGGAGGUUCUGUGUAGAUUAUCGUAAGCUGAACCAGGUCACGAAGAAGGAUGCCUUUCCCCUGCCCCGAAUUGAAGACUCAUUGGCCAGUUUAACCCGAUCUGCCUGGUAUUCAACCCUGGAUUUGGCAAGUGCGAGUAGAAGAGACAGACCGGGAGAAAACUGCUUUCACCACCCCAUUCGGUCUAUUCGAGUGGGACCGGAUGCCCUUCGGGCUUUGCAACGCUCCCGCCACGUUCCAGCGGCUCAUGCAGAGGUGCCUGGGAGGCCGGCUGAUGGAGUCAACGUUGGUAUACCUCAACGACAUGCCAGUAAUUUGGGCUUGGGAGCAGUAUUGGCCCAGCGACAAGAAGGAGCGGAGCGAGUGAUCGCCUACGCCAGCAGGAGCCUCCAUCCCGCAGAGCGGAACGAUGCGAACUAUAGCUCGUUCAAACUUGAGCUGUUGGCCUUGAAGUGGGCCUUGAGUGAGAAGUUUAAAGAUUACCUGUGGGGAGCGAAGGUACAAGUUAUUACUGACAACAAUCCCCUUGUUCAUUUACAGACGGCGAAGUUGGGAGCCGUAGAGCAACGAUGGGUGGCCCAACUAGCGAAUUACGAUUACCAGCUCCAGUAUCGACCCGGAAGGGAGCAUGUGAACGCAGACGUCUAG